CUCCAUCGCGCCCAUCGACGUUAUGGUGCCCCCCGGCCCCACUGGCUGCGACCCCGGACAGACGUCUUUCUUCCAAGUGCUUCAGGUGCCCACGAAGAUUACCAAGGGUCAGAUCGAGAUCACCACUCAGGUCUUCCUCGUGCCCAAGGGCCAGAAGGUCGGCAGCUCCGAAGCGGCCCUGCUGCAGAAGCUGAGCAUCCGCCCCUUCACGUACGGCCUGGUAAUCGAGUGCGUCUACGACAACGGUUCGGUGUUCGACGCAGCCGUGCUGGACCUUACGGACGAGGACAUGGGCAACAAGUUCGCCGCGGCCUGCGGCAACGUGGCGGCCGUCUCCCUGGAGCUCGGCUUCCCUACCCUGGCGUCCCUGCCCCACUCGAUCGCCAACGCGUUCCGCGCGCUGGUGGGCGUCGUGAUCGAGGGCUGCGACACCUACUCGUUCGAGCAGGCCGAUACGAUCAAGGCCAUCCUCGCCGACCCGAGCGCCUUCGCGGCCAGUUCUGGCGGCGGCGGCGGCGACGGCGACGCGCCGGCCGCCGCUGCCCCCGUAGAAGAGGAGGAGGAGGAGGAGGUCGACAUGGGCGGCGGCAUGAGCAUGUUCGGCGCCGAGGAGGGCGGAGGGGACUACUAAGCCCGGACCCCUGCAAGCUGA